ACACCCACAUUAUAUGUUGGCCAGCUGUUUCGGAAAGCUAUAAAAGGACCAGACUUGGACCAAGAAUUCUACACACCUGGAUUCAACGGUGACAGACUACAAUGAUGACAUACGCAGUUAUAGCAGCAUUGAUGGUAGUGACAGUUGUGCAAUGUCAUUCUAUCAAGAAAACCAACAUCCAACCAUGGAACAUCAUUUCAAAGCGUGGAGCAGACGUAGACCAAGCUAAGAUUCUCGAGUUUUUUGACUGUCAAGAUUUGACCCCCGAGCCAUACAACACACUAAGUGAUGAUAUCAUGGAUGCUCUCGAGGAAGGAAAUCGUGAUGCUCUGUGCAAUGAACAUGCUGAAGAAAUAGCAAACGUUAUCAGGGCUGAGGCAACGCAGAGGAAUUGUGACCUUGUACAUGUUGAGGCAUUCAUGGAUGCUGCACACAAAAUACAUUGUCUGAAUACCAUCACAACCUACAAUUGGGAGCUUGCUGACUGUGACAAUACAGAUGGAGAGUUCAUCUGGCUGCCAGUGGAACUUGGUACAAACCCAGAAGAACAUUGUGGCGACAUGGAGAAAUCUGCAGCCAUUGCAUGUCAUGUUUUCGCUGCUGCCAAGGAACGUGAUUGUGACUUGCAUAAGAUCGGAUAUGGAAUGGUCAUGUUGAACUAUGCUAUCUGUGGAGCGGAUGCUGCUAUCCCACAAAGUCUGCCAUGUAUGCCAGGUCCUGCCAGUUCUGGCAGCUCAGGAUCUGAUGAUUAAAUCUGAAACCUACACAUCAGAUUUGAAGAUAUCAACAGGCUUUAAAUGUGUUUUGUUGUAAACUUUGGACAUUAAUGAAAGAAUUAUAAUUUGAAAAGCAUACAUAAA